GUUGAUUAUAAUGUCAGGGCUGUCCAAUUCCCAAGCUAGGAGCAGCAGCUGCAGGCUGCAUUUCACUGAAAUAGUAAGUGAUCCGGAGUCCUUACAAACUUUAUCAUCUCUGUGGCUGGGGAACAGGACAUCGGGAUGAACAGCAAUGGACCUAGUGUUCCUAUCCUGUUCCUUUUUUGUUUUCUUCUACUCUGCACACUUAUCAGAAAGUCCCAGACUGAAGAAGACCUUAUUGUCACAACCAAGAAAGGAAAAAUCAAAGGUCUGCAACUCCCAGUUCUUGGAGGCAUGGUGACAGCAUUCCUCGGUAUUCCCUAUGGGGAGCCUCCCAUUGGUCGACUUCGUUUUCGAAAGCCACGCCCCCGAAACAAGUGGUCUGAUGUUUGGGAUGCCACCAAAUAUUCCAACUCUUGCUAUCAGAACUUUGAUGAUAGUUUUCCUGGGUUUCCAGGAUCUGAGAUGUGGAAUCCAAACACUGAACUUAGUGAAGACUGUUUGUAUCUUAAUGUUUGGGUUCCAUUUCCUAAACCCAAAAAUGCUACAGUCAUGGUUUGGAUCUAUGGGGGCUCUUUUCAGUCUGGGACAUCAUCUUUACCUCUUUAUGAUGGGAAAUUUCUGGCUCGUGUUGAAAGAGUAAUUGUGGUUUCAAUGAACUAUAGGGUGGGUGCCCUUGGAUUUUUGGCCUUUCCAGGGAAUGCUGAGGCCCCAGGAAACAUGGGAUUAUUUGAUCAACAAUUAGCUCUUCAGUGGGUCCAAGAUAAUAUAGCAGCUUUUGGUGGGAAUUCUAAAAGUAUAACUCUGUUUGGAGAGAGUGCAGGGGCUGCUUCAGUCCACUUUCAUAUUCUUUCUCCUAAAAGUCACCCAUUAUUUACAAAAGCUAUUCUCCAAAGUGGGUCGGCCAAUGCCCCGUGGGCAGUAAUGUCUCCUUUGGAGGCCAGAAACCGAACACUGGAUUUAGCAAAAUCCCUGAGUUGUUCUAGAGGAAAUGAAACUGAGCUAAUUAAAUGUCUGCGCAAUAAAAAUCCUCAGGAAAUACUUCAACAUGUAAAUCCCAUUCUCUCCUCUGUUUCUCCCUUAAAAAUCGACUUUUGUCCAACUGUGGAUGGGGACUUUCUCACAGACAUGCCAGACAGCCUUAUCCAGCAGGGGCAUUUUAAACAAACACAGAUAUUAGUGGGAGUUAACAAAGAUGAGGGGACAUAUUUUUUGGUCUAUGGGGCUCCAGGUUUCAGCAAAGAUAACAACAGUAUGAUAAGUCAAAAGGAAUUCCAAGAGGGGAUAAAACAGUUUUUCCCAGGAGUGAGUGAACUGGGAGUGGAAUCCAUACAGUUUCACUACACUGGCUGGUCAGAUGACAAGAUUCCUGAAAAUUUUCGUGAUGCAUUGGAUGAUGUUGUUGGAGAUUAUAAUUUUAUAUGCCCUGCUUUGGAGUUUACCCACAAAUUCUCUGAACUAGGGAAUAAUGCAUUUUUCUACUUCUUUGAGCAUCGGUCAUCCAAAACUCCUUGGCCUGAAUGGAUGGGAGUCAUGCAUGGUUAUGAAAUUGAAUUUGUCUUUGGUUUACCUCUGGAAAGAAGAGUUAAUUACACCAAAGCAGAGGAAAUUCUGAGCCGCUCCAUUAUGAAGACCUGGGCCAGUUUUGCAAAAUAUGGAAAUCCAAAUGGGACUCAGAACAAUGGAACUAGAUGGCCAGUCUUUGAUAGCACAGAACAAAAAUAUGUUACCCUAAACACGGAAUCACCAAAAACACAUGCAAAAUUGCGUGCCCAGCAAUGCCGAUUCUGGAAAACGUUUUUUCCCAAAGUCUUGGAAUUGUCAGGAAAUAUUGAUGAAGCUGAGCGUGAAUGGAAAGCAAGUUUCCGUCGCUGGAACAGCUAUAUGAUGGACUGGAGAAAUCAAUUUAAUGAUUACACAAGCAGGAAAGAGAGCUGUCCAGGUCCCUAAUUAAUAGGCAUGGCCUUUCAGGAAUGUUCCUGCUCCUGUGGAUCAAGGCAAAUGGGCUGGUAGCUCACUUGAGAGCCUCCAAAGGAAGCUGUUCUAUAGCUGAAUCCAAAUGCCAAGAGGACGAUAUUGAUUCCUCACAUUUUCUCUUUGUAUUUUACCUUUCAUUUCAGGAAACAAUCCAUUUGACAGGCCAAACUAAAAUGCACAUAUUAGAGUUUGACCAUGAAUUUAUGGGCAAAUUUCAACCUUUGGCUAUUUAAAAUUCCUCUACCCAGAAGCAUUUUAAGCAUAAAUUUUGACAUAAAUUUUCCACUAUACUGAAAAGCACUGAUUUUAUUUUAUUUUAUUAUUAUAUUUUUUUUAGUGAGGUAAUUGGGGGUAAGUGACUUGCCCAGGA